CCCUCCCCCCCCACUAGCCUACGAUUUUUCAUCGACACCACCCAACUAAUCCCACAUUUGUUUCUGUUGACUCGCUUUAUGCAUUGCACACUCAGCAUCAUAUAUAUCAUGCGCCUGGAGAAAGCCCAAAAGAAGAAGGUGUUAGCUAAAGAUGGAUGCUUGGAGAGAGAGAGGGAAGAGAGAGGGAGAGGAAGGAGGGGGAGGAAGGGGAGGGGGUGGAGGGGGUUUCGAAGAGAUGAGAUGAUGUUUCUUGGAAUGGGAUUGGGCUGUUUCCGUGUGAUAGGGAUGAUAUAAAACCCUAGUUGGUGUUCAAAGUAUGGAUCUUGAUUGAUUUGCGAUGGGGGGUAAGAUCUGGGUCGGAGUUUCUUGAUGACAGAAAGGCGGUUGAGGUGGUUCGAGUACAUGGGGUUAGCAGAUCUGCGAUUCAACAUUCAGAAAUGCACAAGAAUCUGGCGGCUUCCGAUUGGAGGAGGAUUUCGAAGCUUUUCUUGUUUUUGUCUGGGAGAGAGAGAGAGAGAGAAAGAGAGUGACAGAAGAGAGUGAGCACACGCAGGCAAUUGUAUGAAGGGCAUGCCUUUGCGGGUGCGUGCUCACUUCUCUUCUGUCAGUCUCCACUCGGUUCCUUUUUUUGCACUUUCCAAGUUCUUUCCUCUCUCUCUCUCUCUCUCUCCCCUAUUCUCAUUAACAAAAGUAUUGUAUUUCCUGUGAAUUUUUGACACAUAAUUUUAUGUGUCCCCAAAGGUGGGCUGUGCUGAUUUCUCCAUCUGGGCGGCCUCCCGGUCUUUCUGAAUCAGAACCCUACGAUAUUUACUGUCAUGCCGGGCCAGGUGUCCGUCUUGUAUCCACAUGUCUCUUGCUCUCUGAAUUCUGGAAAAGAAGGGAAAGCAAGUAAGCUUUGCGAAGGCGAUCGGUAGCUGAGAAAGUGGCCUUGCCGCGCGCGCGCGCGCGCGCUGGUGCGUGUGUUUGAGAGAGACAGAUAGAGAUGGACUCGAAUCUUUCCUCAUCCCAGUUGAUCUUUUUGCAGCUUCUUUUUCCUCUAUUCUCACUGGCAAGCGUACUCAGCCCGAUUAUCUUGGUCGUUCUUGGAUGCUGCUUCUUUUUAUUGUCUUAUUACUUGUCAAAUGUUAGCUUUCCGUAGUUUAUUUAUCCGAGAAAUGAAUAGUUAAUAUUUAUUAAAAGGAAGAAUUUGGGAAAAUUGGAGCUUUGGUUCGGGAGCGUGUCUUUUCAUGGUUAUUUGCCUUGUUUACUAUUCAUGUUUAACGGAAAAACUGCAAAUAUUUUAUGCUUAUUACAUAGCCAAACCCCACUCUCCCUCUCCCUCUCUCUCUCUCUCUCUCUCUGGCGUUUCUUCUUCUUCAUCGCAAAGCAAAUUUACUCACAAGGCAAUAUGUGGAGGUAAGUAUAUACAAAUCUCUUAAUCUGGCGCUGAUGGUGGGUUCUUGAAUCUCAAAAAAACCCUAUUUUGGGUUCAAGAAAUUGAGACCGAGGGAAGUAAUAUUUCGUUUCUCUCUCUACUCUCUCGUUUGUUAAAUCUCAUCACCAUUAUUUUCCAUGCGAUUUUUUUUCCUCUCUAAUGCCUGCAGCUUUUGAUAUUUGAAGCAGAAAGGCGAGGACUUUCUGAAUAUAUUGUUGCAGUACGAAUCGGUGCUAAAUAUGGCAACAUCCAUCUCUUUCCUUUUUUGGGUCGAUGUACACUGUGUUAUUGCCAUGAGUGAAGCGAAGAUUUCAUGGGUCCUCUGGGCUUUGCUUUCUCCUGGGGGAGCACCAAUUUUAAUUGCUCCCAUUUUCGGCCUCACGGAGCAGGCAGCCAGUGAUUUGACUAUCUUGGAUAGUUUGUCUCUAGGAUGACGCUUUGGGGAUUGACUUGUCCAUACUAUUUGGACAUACCUAUUCUUAGCGGGAUAAUUAACGAGUGAUCGAAUUUAUUGUGAGAUUUAUCAAUAUGGGAGGGAGGUGUCAUCGGCCAUAAAAGAGGAUGUCCAUGGAGGAGGAAACAUUGAGCGUUAUCUCGAACAGCGAUAGAAACGUCUUAGCUGAAGGGUCAGAUUCAAAUGACAGCGCCUUGCCAUCACGCUUGACCACCAAACGCGCUCGGCAGACUCCUAAUGGUGCAACAUCGAAAUUCAAAGGAGUCGUCCAGCAACAGAAUGGACACUGGGGAGCGCAAAUAUAUGCCAACCACCAGAGAAUUUGGCUUGGGACCUUCAAGUCCGACGAGGAAGCGGCAAUGGCCUAUGACAGUGCUGCCAUAAAGCUCCGGAGCGGGGAUCCUCACCGCAAUUUUCCAUGGUCAAAGCUCUCAGUUGAGGAGCUGAACUUCCAGAGCUGCUACUCCACUGAGGCCGUGCUCACCAUGAUAAAGGAUGGCACCUACCAAUCCAAGUUCACCGACUUUGUCAGGGCCCGGACCAACGGGCCCCACCAGGAGGCGGGCCUCGACCUAGUCCUGGCCCACCCCAAUGGGGGGCUCAUGUGCAGGCAGCUCUUCCAGAAGGAGCUGACACCUAGUGAUGUGGGGAAGCUGAACCGGCUGGUCAUCCCAAAGAAGUUUGCCAUCAAGUACCUCCCCCGCAUCUCGGGGGGAUCAGAGGCUGGGAAGGACGACGCACCACUGCAACUUCGCACCCUGGGCCUGGAUGAUGUGCAGCUGGUGUUCUACGACCGAUCGAUGCGGUCAUGGAAGUUCCGGUACUGCUACUGGAGCAGCAGCCACAGCUUCGUGUUCACCAGGGGUUGGAACCGGUUUGUGAAGGAGAAGGAGCUGAGGGCGAACGACACGGUCGCCUUCUACAUGUGUGAGUACCGAGAGCCGCGGAAGGAAGGGAGGACGUUCUGCAUGAUCGACGUGCAGCAGAGGGACAAGAACGGCGGUGGGCUGGGGGAGAAGGGGCUGGGGGAGGAGGCCAAGGGAAGCAUCGAGAUCAUGCCGGUGGAGGGUGAGAAGAAGGAUGAGAGUAAGACGAUGAAGAAGGGCCUCAAAAUCUUUGGUGUCGAAAUCUGUUAAGAUCAACACCCCGUGCUUAAACAUAUUUGACUCUGGGGUUUUAGCCAACAGUGAAUCUUUUAACUGCUUUCUUUUCAUUUAUUCGAUUCGUGUUUGGUCUAAGUUUUAUAUGGAAGAUGUUCCAAGUUGAUGCUUCCUAAGUUGCUCAUGUUACGAAGAAUAUGGAAGAUGUUCGGUUAAUUUAUUUCUUUACGUCAGUUCUACCGUGACUAGUGUGAAAUUUCCCCUUUGAAAUUGGAAA